GCCUAAUUUGGUUUGCUGGGCGGGGAGCUGCUGUUGUGAGCUGCUGGUAAAGUCACGGUGCUGAGGAGUUGCGAUCUGAGAUUCUCUACAGCUGGAUGUCCCGGACAAACCAGAGAUUAUCCGCAGCCAAGAAUCAGAAAGAUUUCUCUGCCUUCUCUGAGUGGCUGGCCUUAAAAAUCUAAAGGAAGUGACUCCCAAUAGGAAGAGACUCCUAUCUCACAGGAACCAUUCCAGCUUCUUACUUCACCUACCACAUCAUGGCUGUAGUCCUCCACUCCAGCCCCCUCCUAUGGACACGGUUGGCAGCCCUGAUCUUCUCCUGCGUGGCCUUCUCCGUGGCCGUGCAUGGAGGCAGACUCUACCACGGCACCGGAGACUGGUGCAUCUUCUGCUGGGCCUUCAGUUUCGCCGGGACUCUGCUUGUCAUCCUGGUGGAGCUCUUCGGCCUUCAGACCAGGGCCCCUGUUUCCUGGAAGAACUUCCCUAUCACCUUCGCGUGCUACGCCGCCCUGCUCUGCCUGUCCGCCUCCAUCAUCUUCCCUCUCUACUACCUCAAGGGAUCUACAGGCCAGAGUGAAAUCCGCGACUACCGCAUCGUGUCAACAGUGUUCUCCUGUCUGGCCACCAUCGCCUAUAUUACCGAGGUGAGCAUCAGCAAGGCGCGUCCGGGCGAGGUGGCUGGCUACAUGGCCACAGCCCCGGGCCUGCUGAAAGUCUGCGAGACCUUUGUGGCCUGCGUCAUCUUCGUCUUCAUCACUGACCCCGUGCUGUACGACCGUCACGACGCGCUCAAGUACUGCAUGUCCGUCUACUGCAUCUGCUUCAUCCUGUCGGCAGUCAUCAUCCUGCUCUGCAUAGGCGAAUGCACCAGCUGCCUCCCCUUCCCGUUUGCACGCUUCCUGUCUGCCUACGCCCUGCUGGCCGUGGUCCUCUAUCUAUCAGCAACCAUCAUCUGGCCCAUUUUCAACUUUGAUCCCAAGAAUGGCGGACAAAAAGAUAGGCCCUACAGUUGCAGCUCCGCGCUGGGGCUGUGCCAGUGGGAUAAGUGCAUGACGGUGGCUGUGCUCACAGCUGUCAACUUCAUCCUUUAUCUGGCCGACCUGAUCUACUCCUCCCGCCUGGUGUUUGUCAGCGCUUGAGGGAAGAGGAAGGGUGUUCGGCCAGCAGUAUGCUCCAAAUAAAAUUGAAUUUGUCAGGUUCUCACAGGCUGUCAAACUGCUGUCAAAUACAGUGCUCCAAGCAAAUGCUAGUGUAAUCACUGCGACUCCGGUCUGUUUGUUUAAUGGCCUCUAGUCAGAAGAGCUCAUGGGUCAUGAUGGGAAAGAGACUGUAGAGUUCUACUGCAACUGGUAUCGUUUAUUGUCUUAUUGUAAUCUAAUCUAACUCCAUUUGUUGUUUGAAAUUUGAAAAUUAAAGCAUUUGAUUUCACUUUAGUUGUGGCACAAUGAAAUAGUAGGAGAAGUAGUAAUGGCCCAAAGAACGACAUGUGUAAUGGUUGACCGAGGAUGUUCUGGAGACAAUGUAUGGGGGCAGUGAACAUGGCUUUUUAAAGAGAUCAACAACUUCAGCUGCCCCCCCACACACACACACACACACACACACACACACACACACACACACACACACACACACAAACGCCCAGUUUAGCCUCUGCAAACUUGCCAAAUUUGAUUUUGUAAAGUAUACUGCUUAGGACCAUAGAGAGAGAAAAGAGGGAAAGGUUGAGGUCAAUGGCUAUGUUUACACGUACAACAAUAUUCCCUUAAAUUACUUAAGCUUACUUAUCAUAAAUGUCCAACCUUGCUUCCAGUAACCUGGAUAGACUCUUAUCUUGAUUAUGAGAGACCUGAAUGUGAUUGCUGGAUCUUUGUAUCCAUUUAAAUGGCAGAUCAUUGCCAAUUGUAAUACUCAAAAUACAAGAUUAGUAUAGUAAAGGUGUACAUAAGUAAAGUAAGAUAAGAUUAUUGUAUGUAUUAUGUAUACUGGAGUAAGCUAUUCAAAUAAUUUUAGAAACAAGAUUCUCAACAUGGAUACAACACCCACAAUACUAUGUGCAUGUAAACAUAGUCUGUAAUGACAAAUGAAGAAAAACCAAAGAAAAUGGCGGCUUGUUAUUGUGUUUUUGUUACAUUUUUUGGCAUAAGGUAUUUUCCAGUGCUCUGCCUUAAAUUUAUGUUCAAUUUGAUGUCAGUUAUGAAAAAAAAGACUGUCGAUCAGUAUUUCUGUUUUUAACCGCUAAUGGAGGAAAUUAAGAAAAGCUGUAGGGAGCCAAGAUUAUGUUAACUGUUGUAAAAAAAAAAUAUCCAAAUGCCAUACAAUUGGAAAGCCAAGACUUUUUGUUUUGUUUUUUGGUGAUUUCAUUAAAGGAAUUGACUGUUUAUUUUCCUUAACAGUAUGCAGAGCAGCUGAUUGUAUCAUUUAUCAUUUUUACACGGCUCCAAUGUUGUGAGAAAAAUAGUUUACUUGAUGUUAGGUUUAGCUUUUUGCUCCUGUUAUGAUGAAUGUGUAUGUAUAUCUAUCUGCAAGCUACAAUCAAUGGCAAGAAUAUAUAUGUGGAAAGAACAUAUGCAAGAAUGUGCAGUUAAAAAACAAGAAAAGUAUCUUUAAAGUGCACUUAAUAUUAGUUUUUUCUAUGCGUGUUUGAAUUUGUGGGGUCUCCAAUUAUCAAAGCAUCUGUUAGCGCCAAACUUGCACCACUAAAUUCAUAUUUGUGUCGAUUUGAGCUAUAGUUUUGGUACUGCUGUCGUAAAUACUUUGAGAAAGAGACCAAAAAGAAGUUUCUCUCUCUGUAGAUGUUGUCAGUGUUAUAUUAUAUUCUUUAGCUUUUUUUAUAUUCCACUGUUCAUGUUUCAAUUGUGCAUACCACAUCAGUGUUGUAGGAAAACAUAAUCCUGUGUUUCAAUAAAACCACAUGUAAACCAGA